CGCAUCCAAAUCAAUAUGUGGUAUCUUUUUUUUGAAAGGUCAUAAUGUGGUAUCUUAGUAGAACACCUUCAAACCGCAAACCAAAUGAUGACUCCAGCUUCAGUUUGCGCAAUUCCAUCUUCACCGUCUCCGAUUCCGGUUUUUUCCAAGACAUUUGCAUGAUUGAGGUGCCAAACAAAUCCGUGGUCGAUCACGAAGAACACAACAAAGAAGAAGAGACGUGCCCUUUUUCAUUCUCAUUCCCAAAAUGGGAAUGGUUUGCCUAUCUCUGCUCUCCCACCCAAUUCCAUUCCGUGGCGGUGCCUCGAAACUCUUCCAUGUUUAGAGUACAGGUGAUUGGUAUUCUGCCUCAACAUUUCUUGUGUGCCAAGUUGGUGCGAGGUCCGAAACCUUAUGUCACCCUGUGCACUUACUCAUGCAGUGAGAAUUCUCUCAAUGAUGUGCCCAAAAUGAACUGUGCGGAUCGCAAUCUGUUCGGAGCUGCAUGUGCUAUUCUUGAUGGGUGGCUAUAUGUUGCUGGAGGGUAUAAGGAUAACUCUUUAGACACUUUCCCUUCAUCUCACUUGAACUCGGCAGAACGAUUGAAUCUGAAAACAAGGCAGUGGGAAGCACUGCAGAACAUGCCAAACCCGCGAGCAUUUGCAUCUGGCAUUGCUCACGGAGGCAGGUUCUUUGUGGUUGGUGGUGGUAGCAAUGCAGCCCUGAAGCACUCAGCUGAAAUCUACAACCCCAGCAACAACUCUUGGGGGUCUUUGAAAUCAUUUGUUCCCCAAGAGGCAGACGGAUUCACUGCUACAUCACUCAAUGGGCGUUUAAUGAUAUUGACUUGGUCAGAUCGGUUAGGCGUGAAGCUGUGGCUGUAUACUGUGAUCACCCAUCCAAUUUUAAUAUAUAACUGCAGGCGAAUUGGUUUCUUGCCGAACCAAAUAGUUGAGAGGCCAAGACUAAAAGCACAUGGCGCAAGAAUGGUUCCGGUUGGGGGGAAGGAGGUGUGGGUUUUGGUGGGAGAGAAUGAGAGGAUAUUCCAAGUUGAUGGGUCAAGUGCUUGGCCUGUCUUCCCAGCCCCAAUGUAUAAGCCUAGUGAAGGACAUGAAGUUGUGAGCAAGGGUCAUAUCUAUGCCUUUUCUUUCCAUGGGUUUAGAAUAAGUUGGAGACAAAUCCCUGUUUACUCGAUCUGAGUUGUGGCAUUUAUGUUCCUCUUUUUGCCCCAAGUAGAUUUUAAAGCAAUGAAUUUGGCCACUGCAUGCAGAAUUUUGCUUUCUGCGUGUGCAGCCAAACUGCAUCAUUUUUACCCUAA